AUGUCUGAAGGAACCACUUCAACCAUCAUUCUCGUCAAGCGUUCUGUCGCUGAGCGAUCUAUGUUGAUCAAGAACAUGCUGGAGGAUCUUGGAGAUGGUGUUCUCUCCACUCCAGUCCCUAUCCCCAAUGUUAAUGAAGCCGUCCUCCGCAAAGUCAUUGAGUGGGCCGAGCACCACAAGCACGACCCAGUUCCAGCCGCCGAUGACGACUCUGAUAGUCGCAAAAAGACCACCGAUAUCGAGGAGUGGGAUCAAAAGUUCAUGCAAGUUGAUCAAGAGAUGUUGUUCGAGAUUAUCCUCGCUGCCAACUAUCUUGACAUCAAGGCACUCCUUGAUGUUGGAUGCAAGACUGUCGCCAACAUGAUUAAGGGCAAGUCACCAGAGGAGAUCCGAAAGACUUUCAACAUCACCAAUGACUUCACUCCUGAGGAGGAGGAGCAAAUCCGUCGGGAGAAUGAGUGGGCUGAGGAUCGUUAA